AUUUCUGUACUGCAGCAUCUUGUUUCUGAUUGGCUGAGAUUCACUGAUCAACCAAUAAUAUUGGCCGGCCGUCCUGAUGGCCAGCCUCAAAUUCAGACUCGUGUCUGGGGUUUCUGAGAGGAACUCACUAGUUGCCACAGCUGCUAACAGAAACUGAUGUUUCACGUUUGGUAUCGCUUUUCUAGCAGACAGUUGGUCAUCGCACAAACAGGGCUGUAAAAUGAACCAGUUCAAAUACAGUUUAUGCCCAGUGUGGAGGAAACCGGUUUUCAUUUGCCCCCUCCAGUUGUGACAUUUGUUAAUUCAACACAAACCAGGAGAACACUCAGAUCUUUCUCAGACCGUGUGUACACAAACACUCGGAGCUCUUUGCAGAGAGCUUUGAAUUCUUAACUGCUCAUAAGAGUCUGAAUAUUUCCAACUCUGUCAACACAUGCAUCAUAUUCACAUGCUGACUCAACAUUGCUGAAAUAUGAUGCUCUCUUUCUCUCUCUCUCUCUCUCUCCCUUCUUUGCAAGGCUGCAAUACAAAUCCCUCCUCUGUAUCUAUGGGAAUACAGGAGUGCUAUGUGUCCUCUACCCUCUCUUCUGAGAGGAGGGAGAGAUAGGAAGAGGGGAAUGUGUGUGUGUGUUUAUGUAUUUGUGUGUGUUGGGAGUGUGUGUGUGUAUGUGUGUGCUGCUGCUGCUGCAUCGCGGAGCUACAGAGACUGGAGGCGAGGAGAGCUGGAGCGUUUGUCCUUGAGACUGACUGACUGACUGCAGCUUUAGAGCGGAGGACCAGCCAGCCAGUGGAUGAAACUGACCAUAUCUGGGCAGGAUGUCAGUGAGGGGCUUGGACCCCACCUGUCCCCCUUCUAUAAAGCGUGAGCCCUCCAGCCCCAGCUCUCAGGGCGACGUCAGCCCGGCCCAGCCCAGCCCUGGAAGCUCUUCCUCAGAUACAAAUUCCAGCUAUGGUCCCCUGACAAAGGGCCACAAACACAGCAAUGAGCUGGACUCACCAGGCCUCUAUGGUCACACAGCAGGGUUGGCCAACAAUGGAGAAACAAACAGGUUUAGGGAGGAAGAAGGCCAAUUGAAGUGUGAAUUCAUGCUGGGCUCGGUGGCCAAGAGGGUGUGCCUGGUGUGCGGUGAUGUGGCCUCUGGUUACCACUACGGUGUGGCCUCCUGUGAAGCAUGCAAGGCCUUUUUCAAGAGGACCAUCCAGGGAAACAUUGAAUACAGCUGCCCGGCGUCCAAUGAAUGCGAAAUCACCAAGAGAAGAAGGAAAUCCUGCCAAGCCUGUCGAUUUGUGAAAUGUCUGGCCGUGGGCAUGUUGAGAGAAGGUGUGCGUCUGGACCGGGUGCGAGGUGGCAGACAAAAGUACAAGAGGAGAAUUGAUGCGGAGAACAGCCCAUAUCUGCACCCACAGAACACCUUGCCCCAGAAAAAAACAUUCUCUGUUGGUGGUGUGGUAGAGAACAAAGUAGUGUCUCUGCUGCUGGUGGCCGAGCCUGAGGGCAUCUUUGCCAUGCCGGACCCCACUGUACCUGAGAGCGACAUCAAGGCUCUGACCACAUUGUGUGACCUGGCUGACAGGGAGCUGGUGGUCAACAUCGGCUGGGCCAAACACAUCCCAGGCUUUCCUUCUCUUUCACUGGCAGACCAGAUGAGUCUACUGCAGAGCGGCUGGAUGGAGAUUUUGAUUCUUCGAGUGGUUUUCCGCUCGCUAGCCUUGGAGGACAAGCUGGUGUAUGCCGAGGACUACGUCAUGGAUGAGGAGCAGUCGAAGCUGGCGGGACUUCUUGACCUCAACAAUGCCAUCCUACAGCUGGUGAAGAAGUACAAAACCAUGGGGUUGGAGAAGGAGGAGUUUGUUGUCCUCAAGGCUAUCGCACUUGCUAACUCAGAUUCCAUGCAAAUUGAGGACUCAGAGGCUGUUCAGAGACUCCAGGACGUCCUUCACGGGGCCCUCCAGGACUAUGAGGCCACCCACCACCCAGAGGACCCUCGACGGGCCGGAAAGUUGAUCAUGACCCUGCCUCUCCUUCGUCAGACGGCUGCACGUGCUGUCCAGCACUUCUGCAGCAUCAAACAGGAUGGCCGUGUGCCUAUGCACAAACUAUUCCUCGAACUGCUGGAGGCCAAAGCCUGACAUCAAACAACGAUUAUCUUCAUCCUGACCCCUCUUGCAGAGGUUAGGAUGAGUGGAAGCAAAGGAUAAUGGGUAAUCGUGGGUAUGACACCAUGUAUUUGUUCACUUCAGCUUGCAUUUGACAAUAAAAUUUUGAAUUUUAAAUUGCUGGGAAGCAGCUGGAAUGUUCUUAGAGCCACACCUCUCCUACUUCCAAUGAAAGUCAGAGAAAAGCAGUCAAAUUUGCAUUUAGUGUCAUGGCGCCAUGGAUGUUGUCAGACUAAUUUAAGUGUCCUGACUCCCUUCUAAAGUUGAAGAUGGAUGACCAGACAGCAGAAAAGGAGAAGAACCGGCCUUCUAGAGAUAUUUACAUGCCAAAAGUAGAGCUUCUUUUGUUAAAAGAGCACCUGAUACUUGAAGAUCUUCAACAUGGAAGAUGGAAGGACCUCAUCCAUUUGGAUUUCUGUUAAUCUGCAUUCUAGUGCAUUUGGAGAGCCUUUUAAUGAUCUGAUUUUAUUUGUCCUUUUUAUAGAGAAAAGGUAAAUGUGUCCAAAGUCUUGCCAAAGAGUAAAGGCUCAUAUUAUGAAAUAAUACCAGCAAACGUCCACGAUAUUAUAUAUCAUAUAACCUGCUUUCCUGCUCUGUUUAUCGCAAAAUUAUCUGUCUAGUCACCACAUUCAUACAUAGGUGAUUAAACGAAAGUGAUUAGAUUAUCAGCGUCUCACAAAACAAAAACUGGCCUCCUGAUUUUAGUAUUUCAGGGAAUGAGUACUUAACAUGUCAUGAUACAACUUUACAACAGCAACGUGAUAUUUAUUUAAAAGCGGCUCUGUUCUUUUUUCUGUUUUUUAUUUAGUAAUAUAGCAUUCAUGAAGCGUACAUUCAAGCAAUUACAGUGGAUAAUUUUUUAAAGAUUUUUAAAUAUCAUUGUAAGAUAAUUUUAUACCAGCUUCUCUGCUACAGCACUGAUACCUAUGUAUACCAUAUCAUGAAAUUUAAGACAAACUGAUUAUAAGUGGAGUCUGUAUUUGAAGAUCAUAAUGUUGUAGAGUUGUGUAGACCCAUAGCUAUAACUUUAACUAUGUAAAGUGGCUGCCAUACUGUAGAGUCUGGAUUAGAGAGGGGUUUGAUGUCCUUUCUAUGGUAGAAGUCUAUGUCUAGGAUGAAAUUUGUGCACUACUUUUGCUUUUAGCAAUAAAGUUUGGGGAAACCGGUGAUGGCGCUCUGUUAAUCUGUUAGUGUGUUUUGUGUGAAGAGUAGCUCUAUCUGAAAUUUGUCUUUUUCUGCACAUGUUAAAUGAAGGUAUUGAACUGGGAACGAAUCUCGGUACAAUAAAAGCUGUGCUCCUUAAUUUACUUAAUGCAAAGUACUGUGACACUAUAAUGUGCAUAUUUUUGUGACAAGGUGAUGGCAGCAAUAUGACGGUUUAAAUGUAUGUUCUGUACAUUUUGCUGUAUAUACACGUCAUGUCUUUUGCCAACAAAGAUGUUUAAAGAUGCAACUACAUUUGUUUGGAUGAGCUGUGUUGUGCUAUUUCAUUCUCAGGUGGAUUCUUGGGC